AACUCUUAUUGCUAGCUUGGAAUAAUCUUUGGAAUAACCUCGUGGGGUAAGACGUUCUGAAGGUUCAGAUGACUCAAAGCCAUCGAAGUAUAUAUAACGCCAGGACUAAUCUUAUUUCCUCAGCAAACCUUCCAGACUUCUCAUCUUCUCAUACCUGGCGUAUAAAUACCCCUUUUCCCCUCCUCUUUUCUCACCCCCUUCGACUUGACAAUUUCACCUCUGACAAUUUCACACUGAUAUCCUCAAUCAUCUCUCAGAUCUUAAUUAUAUACACUAAAUAAUAGUACAAGGACAUAACCAUCAUCAACCACAAAAACACCACCACCAACAUCACCAUUCGAAUAAAAUGGCGUCCUUCUCAGCACAUUGGCCGGCCCACCAUCGAGGAGACGUCAGCUCUUGGAUUGAACUAGAGGACCGAGAACUUCUGGACGCAUUCCAAGCCUCAUCAAGGGGUGCGUCGCAGAGCAUGAUGCGUGACAACUCCGCCACUGCCCCGGCUGCUCUGCCUGCAAUCUAUCCUGGUGAGAAGAGGACCAAGAUGGCACGAAAAAUAACCUUCUGCCUCAUUGUUCUCUUCACGGCGGCCUCGGUGACAUGCUAUGUCAUUUACGACUUCUAUCCCGACGAGAAAUGGCUCACCGGUCUCGCCAUAUUCUUCCUGAGCCUGCAUAUUGCCAUGGUCCUCUUGGCAGUGGUUCUCCUCAUAGUAAAUUGCAACGCUUCUGAUAUUCCUCUAAUUUUGGGGCUUGUGGACGAACUAACGUAUUUAAAGAUGGGCAUCAGGGACCGCAGGCGAGCAAAGCGGGCGCGCUCUGUCCAGGCCGGCCUUGAUGAGGAAUUUCCUCCCCCUGUGCAGGUGCAGGCUCCAGGGGAAGCUCAUCUACGGAGGUGAUCAGAUGCAAUGGCUAGGUGCGGAACAGCACCAGCCACAACCAUCAGG